CGCCCCUUUAUCUGACGUUCGGCCUCGCUGGAGAGCCGCUUCCGGAGAGGAAAGGAAGUCGUGGCGCGGUGGUUUCUGGGAGUUGUAGUUUAUCCCGUAAGAACGUGGUGUGAGAUGGCGGGGAUGGAGCUGCUGUCGGAUCAGGGAUACCGGGUGGAUGGCAGGAAGGCCGGGGAGCUGCGCAAGAUACGGGCGAGGAUGGGAGUGUUCGCUCAGGCCGACGGCUCGGCUUAUAUAGAGCAGGGGAACACCAAGGCCCUGGCUGUUGUCUAUGGGCCCCAUGAGAUCCGCGGCUCCCGCAGUAAAAUGCUCCACGACCGCUGUGUGAUCAACUGUCAGUACAGUAUGGCGACAUUCAGCACCGGCGAGAGGAAGCGGCGACCCCAUGGAGACCGCAAGUCCAGCGAGAUGACCCUGCACCUCAAACAGACAUUCGAAGCCGCCAUCCUCACUCAACUCUACCCGCGCUCUCAGAUAGACAUCUACGUGCAGAUCCUGCAGGCAGAUGGGGGUAAUUACUGCACGUGUGUGAAUGCUGCGACCCUGGCAGUGAUUGACGCUGGCAUUCCCAUGCGCGACUAUGUUUGCGCCUGCUCGGCGGGAUUCAUUGAGGACACGCCUCUUGCGGAUCUCAGUUAUGUGGAAGAAGCCACUGGAGGGCCACAACUCGCCCUGGCCCUCCUGCCAAAGUCAGAUCAGAUUGCCUUGCUGGAGAUGAACUCGCGGCUGCACGAGGAUCACCUGGAGAGAGUGAUGGAGGCUGUGAGUAAGGCUUGCAAGGAUGUAUAUACUGUACUGGAUCAGGUAGUGAGGGAACACGCACAGGAGGUCACCACUCUGCUGGGAGACACAACUACAGCUUGAUCACUCUCUCACUUCUCUCAGACUGAAAUAAACAUGGAGGUGCCCAGAUUGUAUCCAGAAUUGAUGUUUUGGAUACUAAAAUGGAAAGUGAUUAAAAUAUUUUUAUAUCUUGUAA